AAGUAUGGCUUGAUCGUUUGAGGACACUUUCGCUCGCAGACAGCCCUUCUGGUCGCUUUAAAUCGGCGAAUUUAAAAGGCGCGCAGCUGCGUUCCGAAACAAUGUAACAUUCGCAUUAUGAUGUAAUGUUACAAUGUAACACAUUCACGGCGCGACGUCAUGCAACAAUUUAACUAAAUCUACCUUCGGCUCUGUUCCAUUCUUUAUGCUUUCGAACCACGGAAGCUCAUUAAACGCGUCGAAUAGCGGCAUUUUCGCUCGUUUCGUCGUUUAUUUAAUGCGUAAAUCUAACCAAAUCGAGCGAGAUUUAUAAACGAAUACUCCGGUGUGCUGGAAGUGGCCAUGAACGCGUUUGUAAAUAUUCCUAAACAUCUCACGACAUCAAUUCGAUUCCCUAAGUGUCCCGCAUUGAAACGUGGACUCUAGAAGUGACCUAUUAAUGGCAUGCACGAGGCCACUGCUGCUGUUGUGUUCAGAAAAGCCGUCCAUACAUCAUUCAUUGGAAGGAGUUGAAGAAAUAUGGCAGAGGAGAUAGAUAAGCCCUUGGCUGUGGACGUCGACAUAGACCCUGAUUUCGAGCCCCAAAAAAGGCCCAGGUCCUGCACCUGGCCUCUGCCCAGACCAGAGUCCAAUAGUGGGAAAGCAGAACCAGCAGAUGUGGGAAUCAUUCCCGAGGAAGAGGUGGAUGAAAAUUGCACUGAUGAUGCUUGUGCAUCUAGUGGCCGUACAGGCGCAUCAAAUCCCGUCAGUGUGAUAGAAGGAAACCAGGCUCCUGCUGCUGCUCCUGCUAUAGAAACCAAUGCUGCCGUCAGUGAUAAAGACACAUACGGCUCUCUUGUAUCUUCCCAACAUGCUCUGCCUGCAUGCAACGACUCCAGCAUCAAUGGUCUGAUUCCUCAGCAGCCCAGAAAAUCCUCUGCCCGCAGGAACGCCUGGGGAAACUAUUCCUACGCAGACCUCAUCACACAAGCCAUCGAGAGCUCGCCCGAGAAACGGCUGACAUUGGCCCAGAUUUAUGAUUGGAUGGUCCGGAAUGUGGCAUACUUCAAGGACAAAGGUGACAGCAACAGCUCUGCUGGAUGGAAGAACUCAAUACGACAUAACCUGUCACUCCACAGUCGUUUUGUCCGGGUCCAGAAUGAAGGAACAGGAAAGAGUUCUUGGUGGAUUGUCAACCCUGAUGGCGGAAAAGGGGGUAAAGCUCCACGGAGACGUGCUGUUUCCAUGGACAACAGUAAUAAGCUCAUCAAGAGCGCCCGUGGCCGUGCCGCAAAGAAGAAGGCGGCUCUUCAGGCUACUCAAGACGGAAGCUCUGAGAGUUCCUCCAGCCUGUCCAAAUGGACCGGCAGCCCGACCUCCCGCAGUAGCGAUGAGCUCGACGCUUGGACGGAUUUCCGUUCCCGCACUAAUUCUAAUGCAAGCACCCUAAGUGGACGCCUUUCCCCAAUUCUGGCCAACCUCGAGGUGGAUGAAGUUCCCGAUGAUGACUCGCCCCUGUCGCCCAUGCUGUACUCGAGCCCUAGUAGUAUGUCUCCAUCCACUGGACUAAUAGAACUACCCCGUCUAGCUGAUCUUGCAGGAACCAUGAAUCUCAACGAUGGCCUUUCCGACAACCUAAUGGAUGACCUUCUAGAUAACAUCAGCCUGACAGCUUCCCAGUCUCCGGACCAAGACGAGAGUGGGGCCAACCUACAGGGAAGCCCUGUGUUUACCUUCAGCUGCUCUGGGAGCAGUCUGGCAAUUCCCUCUGGCAGCUAUGGCACCAACUCCAUGUUUAGCCCUCCAUCCGUCACUGGCCUGAGGCAGUCUCCAAUGCAAACGAUCCAGGAAAACAAGCAGGCAACGUUCUCCUGCGGUUCCCUCUUUAGUGAUCCGAGUCUGCAGGAUUUGCUCAGCUCCGAGUCCAAUAGUCACAGUGAUGUCCUUCUUACUCAAUCUGAUCCGCUAAUGUCACAAGCCAGUGCCUCCCUUUCCUCCCAGAAUGCCCGUCGUAGUGCCCUGUUGCUGCGUAAUGACCCUAUGAUGUCCAAUCAGGCUGGGCCUGUAGGACAACUGGGGCUAAAGAAGGUGUCGCCAUCUGGAUGGCGGAUGAACUCUGUCUCAAGCAGCGAGUCAGACUACCAAAGCUUGAUGAAGCAACAUCACCAAACGUCUCCCUUCAGAAGCACAUCUAUGCAGCUCAACUCUUCCGAUUCAUUGUUGGCAGGUCUCAGUGGCAGCGUGACCUCCGUUCAGUCGGUGUCUCAGGACCAAUUCCCAUCUGACUUGGAUCUCGAGGCAUUAAGUGGCAGUUUCGAUUGUGACAUGGAUGCCAUCACCCGCAAUGAUCUGAUGGAUGCUGAUGGCCUGGAGUUCAGCUUCGAUUCACAUCUCAUCUCCACUCAGAAUGCUAGCCUGACAUCAGGGAGCUUCUCCCGUACCAAACAAACCUCCUCCCAAAGCUGGGUACCAGGUUGAUCCAGCCAGUCCCAGGAAUGUAGGGAUGGGGCAGAACACUGCAUUUGAGCCAACUGUACACUUCAAAGCAACUGUACAUUAUGAUGUAGAAAAGCUAUUUGACAUCUGUUGGAAUGAGUCAACGUCAAUGAUUUACCCAGUUGGUGUUGUAGUUUUGUGGCUGUAUGUAUCGAUUGCCAUGAUUGAGGCUGGUUUGAUGGACGUUGUGAAGAGUUUCAACAAAUUUAACCUUGAAGUGCUUGCAGGUUAAUCUAAACGCCAAUGACAAGGUAUUGAACUCGGCUGCUGGAAUACUGUAAACGGAGUACCAUAGAGAGAAGGUUGUUUAUAUAUGAAGGCUUGGCCAACAGUACUUCCCUUCGUCCAUCUAGAAUACAAAAUCCGAAAGCAUUUGGGAGUUUGAAAAUAGUCGGGUCAGUUUGAAAACCAUUCAAAUAUCUUGAAUACGCAUUAGUAAACCGGGCUCUCAUGAAAGCAAUUGGGAAUGUGGAAAGAGUUGUUCAGUCAGAAAACCAACUGAGAAUCUUGAAUUCUCAUUGGUCAACUAUACCUACAACAAGUGGAGGGUGAUAGAGAGAAGGUUAUCAAUAUAUUAAGUCUUGGGCAACUGAACCCAAGAAUCCCAUCUAGAAAACCCACCACUGCGUAUGAGUUGGCUACACAGUAAGAAUCUCUUAUGAAAGCAUUUGGGAGUAUGGAAAGAUUUGGGUCAGUUUAAAGACCAAGCAAGAAUUGUGAAUUAGUCAACUGCUACCUACGGCAGAUUGCACUGCAGAGAAAAUAAAAAUAAUUCUCUUUUUUUUUUUUGGUAGUGUCACUCAAACCAUUGCAUAUUUGUCUAGGCCUGUCGUUGUGAUACUUUAUCCCCAUUGAAAGUCAACUGUAGUCUAUAGAUGCCCUUAGUUUGUUGUAGUUUCUCGUAACCGUGAUCAAUAUUAAUAAAUUUGUAGUCCUUGAAACAAACACUUGCCUUUUGCCAAAUUAGUCCUCAGGACAAUUGCAGCAAUGGCUUGUUUACAACACAAACUCUUGAGAAUGUUUAUGUUGUCUGAAAAAUUGCCAUGAAAAAUGUCUCUUUCUCCAAUAAUAAUUAUUAUUUUUAUUUUAUUUGUGUG